AUUGUGCUGAGUACUUUCGAAAAAAAUGGUAAACUCAAUGAAGCCGUGCGUCGGAAAUUAACUACUAUAAUCGUUCAACAUUUGAUGGUCGUUUAUGGAAAUGACUUAAAAAAUUCGCAUUUUAACAACGUGGCGAAAUUAAUUGCCGAAGUGUUUCCAACAAAAUGUUCAGACGCAUACUACAUAGAACCAUAUACGGAGGGUGUUAAACAAAAGGUGUCAAAAGGAAAAUUACCUUACAGGUAUAGAAACCUUAAGACUUCCAUGAAGGAGAGAGGUGUAAUGACUUCAAAAUCUUCUUCAAAUCAGGUUUCCUCUAACGAUAUAACGAUUAAAAAUUUACUGUCCGAGCAACAGCUCCUUGAAUCGCAAGUGUGGCUUAAAAGCUAUACAGAACCAUGGACAGAAGUAUUGGAACGCUGGACGAAAACAGCACCAAAUCGGAUUGCCCAGUUUACCAAGCGCAAAGAUCUCUCAAUAAUUAAUAUUCUGACGGAAUGGCCAUUAUUCAAACAUCCAGUAGGAUACUCUUUGAUUUCGAUUGAUUUCACUGUUCUGUUUCCGGAGAAAGGACUCAAUCUUCUGAACAGCUGGCCUAGCUGCAGAGAUAAGCUCAUUGAUAUUAUAAGAGAGCGUUCAAAUAAAGACAAGCACUCGAUUGCACACCAGAUUCUGAAUACCCUUCCUUCAGUGAUAUCAGAAGAUGGCAAAGACAUUAUUGCAAUGUACUUGUUACCAAUAUUGCUACCGCCAGCGAUAAUCCGAGAAAAGGAUAAAGGAUCGUGGAAACCAACAAUAGCAGAAGCUCAAGAAACGUUUGUUCUAUACGUCAAAGAUUCCGUAAGCAAGCAAAUCUUUCUGGAACAGAGGAAAAAGAAAUAUGAAAAACUCAUGCGACCGAUUCAACCGUGUGUGAUCAUAGUAGGAGAAACAUUACAGACGGCGAAGGAUUUCUACGUACGAUUCGAGAACGUAGAGUACAAACUGAGUAGCGUAUUAGGAGCAGUAGAUACGUGUUUCAAAGUCAUACACGUUAUGAACCUAGUAUAUCCACCCGAAGCGUAUAAUACAUGGAUGUUUAUUCAGAGGUAUUUUUACAAAAUAUAUUUACAAAAGGAAAAAGUGCCAACGUGUGUUACAAGUCUUAUCAGCGAGCUUUAA